CACAGUCAUGGCCAGCAACAAGGAUGUACUGUUGUCAGAGCUUGAGCAGGUGAAACAGAAAGCUCCUCAUAUAGAAGGCGUGACCUUAGAAGCCUGUCUUCCAGAGAUAGUCAGAGUUCACAUUUAUGUGGAUGAUAUGAGACAGAUGACAGCAGUGAUGCAGUUCCUGGAGACUUAUCCAACAGAACCUAUAGUGGUGGAACUAAAGAGCAAGACUCUGACUGAAAAACUACUGGACGGAGUGGUCAAGAUCUGUGAUGCCGAGGCACGCAAAUAUAUAGGUCAAAAACAGAUUAUCCUGAUGAUAAACUUUUUAAAGCAGUUCUUGAUAGACAACCCUCUGUGUAUUGUUAAUGAUGAAGUCGGGAAAGUGAAGAAAGAGCUCCUGUCAGACGAAGACAGGUGUAAACUGAUGCAGUCUACCUCACAGAUAGUGCUAAAGAUUAAGGAAGAGGAAUACUAUAUGAGCUUUAAAAUCACAGUCCCUCCGGACUAUCCAGCCAAGCAAGUCCAAAUAGAAAUGUCAGAGAACAACUUUCCUGAUAUACUGAAGACAAACUUUGUUGGUCAGGCAGUAGAAAUAGCCAGACAGUGUGUACAACCUCCCCUGAAAAAGAAACCAAAAGACCCUCCCUUUGAACCUAAACCCUCGCUGUACCCAGUCUGUGAACAUCUUGUACAACAGUGUGUCAAAAGAUACGCAAAAGAGAACUGUCCCUUGUGUAAUGAUAGAAUUCUGCCUCGAGAUCCAGAGGAAUUGCAAAGAUUAGAUAAGAAGAAGAGGAUAGAAAGAGUGUAUUGUGGACAUUUAUUUCAUUAUUUCUGUUUAUAUAAAUUCAUGAAGACACCUCCUUUUGCAGCUGGAAAAUUUUGUCCAUCCUGUGGCAAACAGAUUUUCCAUGAGAAGUUCAAAGUUUCAGCAGAAUUGGCGGAGGCACGGUGGGCACACAAGCAGGCAAGGCAGCGAGAACUAGCGGAAGUGGUGGACUUCUUAGAAUGAAAUUUCUAGACCUUAGGCAAUAUUUUAAUAAUUAAUUGUGAUAUUUUUAAAUUAGGUAAAUGUGUACAUUCAAAUGGUUUACAUGUACUGUGUGCUUGUAUUUCAAAUACAAGUUUAGUGCAUUUUAGAUAAUGCAUUUAUAGUUUUGAAAGCAGUGAAAGUUAUUAUUGAAUGGCUGUUUGUUGGGAUUCCUAUAAAAUAGUACUCAGUACUAGAAAGGACUGAGAAACUUAUGUCUGUUAACAUGUAAAUGUAUCAGGCUUUAUAAUUCUGGUAAUACUUUCUAGUUAAUACAUGUAUAUUAAAGUUAAUUAAAAGAAUUGUUAUAUGCUUAUUUCAGACCAAGGGUUUAGAAGUUAUAUUCAAUAUUCUUUGGGUUUUUUUGCAUGAAGCAAAUUUAUGUAUUUAUGCAGGUAUUUUAAGUUACAAACAUUUUUUGAAUCUUUAAAGGGACAACUUUUUACAAACUUUUUUGUCAUAUGACCUAUACAUUCACAAUAUUUGCUCAAGAUUCUGGUGCGUAACAGAUUAAGUUAAGGACCCUUUAUACACUAAUAACAAAAAUUGUGUUUGGACAUUGAGGAAAUUUUAUCAUAUAAAGUAUAAAUAUUGAGUUUAUCUGGAAAGUAUAUGCAAAUAAAAUGUUCAAUUAAUUCAUCUAGGCCUAGAGAAAUGGCAAAAAUUCUUGAA